AUCCCCUAUGAAAACACAUGAUCAUUCGCGACGAGAGAAUCAGCGUAUUGGCUUCGAUUUGUAUGCGUUUAAAUUUGGAUUUAUGUUCAAAACGUGAUGGGUGAAAAUACGAAUAACGCUGACAAACAUCGAAAUAUUGAAUUAAAAGCAAAAGUGAAUGGUGAAGAGGACUUUGAGCAUCGUUUGGCUAUUGCUAAAAAGCUUACCGGUGGAACCGGCACACUAAUAAAUCAGAAAGAUGUUUUUUUCAAUGUUUCUAAAGGCCGCCUAAAACUUCGCUAUCUAACGGAUAAGAAAUCUGAACUUAUUAGCUACGAUCGACCGGAUGUUGCUGGACCAAAGCUCUCGGUGUUCUCUAUAAUGAACGUUGACGAUCCACAGCUGCUGGAGAAAAUGUUGGCAGAGACCGUUGGUGUGCGAGGACGUGUUAUCAAAAAGCGAUGGCUGUUUUUGCAAGAUCAGACGAGAAUUCAUCUCGACAUUGUAGAGUCCUUGGGACACUUUCUUGAAUUCGAGGUGAUGUUGAGGUCAGAUCAAUCCAUAGAAGAAGGUCAGGAAAUAGUAGCCCAAAUGAAACGCACCUUUGAAAUAUCAGAGGAUGAUUUAAUUCACGGAGCUUAUAUAGAUCAGCUGCUCAAAUAA